GUAAGUCUGCAUGCAAGGAAGGCUGAACCUGAUUUCCCAUAGAGUUACGUUGCAAUUUAUCGUAUGAUUGAAAAACUACUGUGAAAAAUUACGACAAACUUUGCUUUUUGACUUGUGAACACGUCUCAAUUUUGGCAUGGUCCAUGUCAAGUAAUGAUUGUACCGGAGCCGUUCAUUCCGCCACCGGAGGCUCCUGUGUUUGAGCCGACGGAGGAGGAAUUCGCUGACCCUCUCGGCUACAUCGCUAAGAUUCGCCCAAUUGCCGAGAAGAGUGGAAUUUGUAAAAUAAGACCUCCUUCGGAUUGGCAACCACCAUUCGCUGUUGAUGUGGACAAUUUUAAGUUCACGCCCAGAAUCCAGAGGUUAAAUGAGCUAGAGGCCAAGACACGUAUCAAGCUAAACUUUCUGGAUCAGAUCGCCAAAUACUGGGAACUGCAGGGAUGUCGUUUAAGGAUACCAAGCUGCUAUGGCAAGUCCCUGGAUUUGUACAGUUUGUUUAAGGUCGUCAAUGAUGAAGGUGGAUUUGAACUCUGUGUCCGGGAAAGAAGAUGGAGCAAAGUGGCCACCAAGAUGGGUUUUGCAUCCAAAGCAGUAGGAUCACAGCUCAUGAAGCACUACGAACGGAUUCUGUGGCCGUAUGAUAUCUUCCAGGCUGGUGCCACUUUAGAUACUCCAGUAGCACUCCCCGAGGGUGACUGCAAGGAUAAAGACUAUGUACCACACGGUAUCGUUUCCCGCCAGGCCAUCAAACCGAUUGCAGGUGGCGGAUACAGUAGAAGAGUCAAACGCCAAGCUCCUGAAGUAAGUAACGAUCCUUUGAACAUAGACUUCAGCAAUAAUCCUGAGUUGAAGAAACUUCAGCUGUACGGACCAGGUCCUAAGUUCCAGGGUCUUGGUUUGGUAGCAGGUAGUGAUAAGAAACAAGAUUGCAUUCUUAAAGAGGAAGAUGUCAAAGCUAAGCCUUUGAAAGAAGAAUCCAAGGAAGAGGAGUCUAAAAUUAAGAGAUCCUCCCCAAGGAAACUGGAUGACAAGUCUGCUGGAUCUUCUAUGACGAUGCGAGAUCGUUCCAAUGUCCUCAGUGCAAGCUUUAUUGAGAACUACGUGUGCCGUGGAUGCGGGCGUGGUGAUGCAGAGGAGUGCUUGUUACUGUGUGAUGGAUGUGAUGACAGCUUCCAUACAUUCUGUCUUAUCCCUCCUCUCUUUGAAGUGCCAAAGGGGGAUUGGAGAUGCCCAAGAUGCCUAGUACAGGAAUGUAAGAAGCCAACAGAAGCCUUUGGUUUUGAGUCUGCAUUGAAGCAGUACACACUGCAAUCGUUUGGAGAGAUGGCAGACCAGUUCAAGAGAGACUACUUCUCUAUGCCUGUUCACAUGGUACCUCCAGAGACGAUUGAGAAGGAGUUCUGGCGAUUAGUGAUGGCAAUUGAUGAAGACGUGAAGGUGGCAUACGGGGCUGACAUCCACUCUUUGGAUCACGGCAGUGCCUUCCCUAACAAGAGAAGCAAGACCAUCGGAGAGGAAGAUAUGGAAUAUGUGAACUCGGGCUGGAACCUGAACAACUUGCCAGUCUUAGAUGGAUCCGUGCUGAGCCACAUCAACGCGGACAUCUCUGGGAUGAAGGUUCCGUGGAUGUACGUUGGGAUGUGCUUCUCCUCCUUCUGCUGGCAUAAUGAGGACCAUUGGAGUUACUCCAUCAACUAUCUCCAUUGGGGUGAACCAAAGACGUGGUACGGCGUCCCUGGCAAGUCCGCCGAUCAAUUUGAGCAAGUGAUGAAGGAGCAGGCACCAGAGCUCUUUGAUGCCCAGCCUGAUCUACUGCAACAGCUUGUCACCAUCCUAUCACCAACCAUCCUCAUGAAGAAUGAUGUUCCGCUUGUGAGAACCAACCAGUGUGCAGGUGAAUUUGUCGUCACUUUCCCAAGGGCUUAUCACGCUGGUUUCAAUCAAGGAUACAACUUUGCCGAGGCUGUGAAUUUCUGCCCGACUGACUGGCUACCUAGUGGCCGUUCAUGCAUCGAGCAUUACCGUAGACUGCAACGAUUCUGCGUCUUCUCCCAUGAGGAGUUGGUCUGUAAGAUGGCAGCCGACCCGGACAGUCUGGACCUCAACCUGGCUGCCGCAGUCCACAAGGAGAUGCUGGUCAUGGUUGAGAAAGAGAAGAAAUUACGCAAGCAGUUACUGGAGAGGGGCACUGCAGAAGCUGAACGUGAAGCAUUUGAACUCCUGCCGGAUGACGAGCGGCAGUGCGAUUCCUGCAAGACGACUUGUUUCCUCUCGGGUGUGACGUGCCCUUGUGCCCCCAACAAGCUGGUCUGCAUCCAUCAUACGGACAAACUCUGCACAUGUCAUCCGUCUAAGCAUUGCCUAAGAUAUCGUUACACACUGGAUGAGUUGCCAGCGAUGUUACAUCGGCUCAAGGUGAGGGCAGAGUCGUUUGAUAACUGGGCCAACAAGGUGAAGAACGCUCUGAAUGCUACACAAGACUCUAAACUAGAUGUGACCCAGCUGAAAGAGAUGAUCGUUGAAGCCGAUGAGAAACGUUUUCCUGACAAUGAACUUCUGCAGCAGUUGGUAUCUGCAGUCACCGAGGCGGAGCGCUGUGCCAAUGUAGCCACUCAGCUCGUCAGCAAGAAGCAUAGGACAAGGCAACGGCAGCAAGGAGACUCCAAGUAUGCGAAUCGUUUGACCCUAGAAGAGCUGAAAGACUUCAUGGUGCAGGUUCAGGGCUUGCCGUGUGAAAUCAGAGAAGUGGAAUUAGUACAGGAUCUGCUGGUGAAAGUUGAAGGGUUCCAGGCCGAGGCUCAAGAUGCUCUCUGUGAUGCAAUCCCUGAUUCAGACAAACUCAAGAGACUCCUGGAAGCUGGUAAAGGGAUUGAUAUUGAACUGCCAGAGAUCCCCAAACUCAAACAGGAGUUAUCGCAGGCCCAUUGGCUAGACGAGGUGCGGGCCACUCUGCAGAUCCCAACCAACGUCACUCUGGACACCCUUCGCAAGCUCAUCGAUUCCGGUGUUAGUCUGGUACCUCAUCCAGCUGUAGAGAAAGCAAUGGCAGAACUACAGGAGCUACUCACAGUCAGCGAACGGUGGGAAGAGAAGGCCAAGAUAUGCCUCCAGGCCAAACCACGUCAUGCUAUGGCAACCUUGGAUACCAUUGUCAAUGAAGCCAGGAACAUACCAGCCUUCCUCCCAAAUACAGCAGCGCUCAACGAGGCCCUCAAGAGGGCCAAGGACUGGACCAGGAAGAUGGAAGAGAUACAGAACGGUGAGCACUUUCCCUACCUGGAUGUACUGGAGAGCAUGGUGAUGAGCGGACGCCCAGUACCAGUGCGUCUGGAGCAGUUACCCCAGGUAGAGUCUCAGGUGUCUGCCGCCCGGGCCUGGAGGGAAAGGACAGCUCGGACAUUCCUCAAAAAGAACUCGCCAUACUCUCUAGUGGAGGUCCUUUCAUCAAGAAGGGAUAUUGGUAUCUACCAGUCCAGCAAAGCACGCAGAAAGAAACAGAAAGAUCUGGAGAGAUUACGUGAGAUAGAAAAGGAAUAUGCAGUUGAUGUCGACCCAAAUGAGACCAGGGAUCCUGCAGUAUUUGUGGCAGCAUACAAAGAUAACGAGGCAAGGGAGAUUGACUUGAUGCGUCUUCUGAGAGACAAGAACCGCCGGAAGCAGCAAAUGGAGGAGGAAGGAGCGGAGCAGGGCAAAUACUGCGUCUGCCGCAAAGGCGUCGGCGGCUUCAUGCUCCAGUGUGAACUCUGCAAGGAUUGGUUCCACAGCACCUGCGUGCCCCUGCCCAAGCCAAGUGCCAGCAAGAGCAAGUUCCUUGCAGCGGUGGGUGGCAGUGCAUCCUCGGCGACCGUGCAGCAACAGCAACAGCCGCAGGUGCGUGACAUGAAGUUCCUGUGCCCAAUGUGUUUGCGAUCGCGCCGCCCUCGCUUGGAGACCAUCUUGUCGCUGCUGGUGUCCCUUCAGAAACUACCCGUACGGCUACCCGAGGGAGAGGCUCUGCAGUGCUUAACGGAGCGUGGUAUGAGCUGGCAGGAUCGUGCUCGCCAGGCCCUAGCCACAGAGGAAUUAGCUUCUGCAUUAGCAAAACUCUCUGUGCUGAGUCAACGCAUCGUAGAGCAAGCUGCUAAGGAAAAAGAAGAGCAGAACACCACGGCAGAGCUUAAGAAACCUACCCCCAAUCUUGAUCAGCAAGAGCAUAUGCACGGCAUCUUGCAGGGUACACUAGAUAGCAAUGUUUCGCCGGUGACUGAUCAACGUGACGUCCAUUCGUCCUCCAUCCUUCAUGGUAUGCCACCUGUUGCUACCCAGAACCUCCACCCAGCGGUAGAGAACGACACAUUUAACCCCGCUGACAACACCACUCCCUAUGCCAUGGACACUGAAGGACAUGAGGGUUUAAACACGGUCUCCCCACAAGUGGUAGGUCUUGAGGAGACGAUUCUAGACUCGUCAAUCGAGCAAGAAGACACCUACCCUCCCCCUGAUAUCUCGGACUCUGACAUCCCCUCCAGCGAUCCGGUAGGGGACUCUGAGCAUGCGUACAGUGCCCCCUCCAAUUCGGAGCAUGCUUACAGUGCAGUCCAAAAAUCUGAUCAGCAACCACCACCACCAGCACCGGCUCCGCAACGUAAACACGCACGGAAAUCCCCCCAUGUUCCGAGACCCUUGGAGUCGCCAGUACUGGAGCUAUCAGCCAUGGUGAAGGCUCAGCUAGAAGAUCUUAUGAUGGAGGGUGACUUGUUGGAGGUUUCUCUUGAUGAGACACAGCACAUAUGGCGCAUCCUACAGGCGUGUCAACCAGUACGCGAGGAACGCUUCAUGGAACACUUUGUACAGCAAUUAAAGGAGGAAACAAUCACUGAGAAGAUUCUGGCGAGGCCCAAACCACUGGACAAGGAGAAGAAGAAACUGAAACGCAAACGGGAGAACGAGGGCGUGGAGGAGGGCGCUUUCCGCCCAAGCAUGCUUGACGAGGCCCACAGGUUGGAGAAGAGAAUGAAGAAGAAGAAGAACAAGGAGAAAGAUCGAAUCGUCAAGAAGGAGGUUGUCGACAAGAUCAAGAAGGAAGGCAAGGAGAACAAGAUGAAGGAAGAGCAUAUUAAGAAGCCGAAGAAGAAGAAGGUGAAAGAGGAGGACAAGUUGAACAAACCAGAGUCGGGCGAGAUGUUUGUCAACGUAGACGGUGACGAAGAUGACGAACAGUGCUCAGCCAAACACUGCCUGCAACCCACUGGAGAUGACAUCAGCUGGGUGCAAUGUGACAAGUGCCAGAAGUGGUACCAUCUCCUGUGCAUUGGCAUGACCCAAGAACCAGGUGACGAUGAGGAGUUCAUCUGCCGUCCCUGCAUCAAAAGACAGCGUCAGUCUGCUGCAGCCAAGGCUCGUCAUGCAGCCCAGAGAGCCGAGGUACGGAGGAGCAGUGGUGCCGCAACGCCUACCCCACCGUCGACACCACAUGAUAUCCAGAUUAAGACGGAACCCAAUGACAUGAUCUUCGAGCAGUCUCCACUACCAUUAGAAGACGAGGUACCAGAUAUGAAUCUUCAAAGUAUGGACAAUUUGAAUCCAGUUGAGAACGAGAGUCAGAAGGUUAAUUUUGACGAGUCGUGUCACCCAAAUGAACCCACUCCUUCUACCAAAGAGCAGCCAGAAAUUACAACGAUGGAAACGGAUCUUAGUAUGGAUUUAACUCGGGAAGCCACUCCGACCUCGACUAUUGCAGCGAGUGACGGAGGUGUACCAGCUGCCGAGCAAGCGGUGGAAAGUGAAGUCGUACGGGAGGCAGUGGCUCCGAUGGACACGUCUGAAGAAAUAAUCUCUGUUGUGUCGACCCCUGUGGCUAAUUCUCCAGAACCAGCCCAGGAAGAAGCUAUGGAUAUACAGGAGCCUGAGGUGAAGUCACCUGUAGACAGAACUUUAGAAGCUAAGACAUCGGAACUAACACCACUGGAGCAUAACAGUGAACCAACGCCAUUGGAGCACAACAGUGAAACACUUGUUGAGAAAUCGCCGACACCACCACGAGCAUUAUCUCCUGAACUGGAAACAUUACAAGAAAAACCCAUUACGACCUCACUAGAGCCUAUGGAAUCCCAGUUGGAGCCCACUCCCCUACUUCCCUCACCACCCGUAGAACCCAGUACAUCAUUAGCAGAGCCCAGUGUUACCCAUGCAGAACCCACUCUACCCGUACCUUCAGACACGUCAGCACCUACUGGUACUUUGGAGGAACGUAGUCUUACUUUGCAGGAACCUAGUGUUACUCAUGAAGAACCCUGUGUUACUCAUGAAGAACCCUGUGUUACUCAUGAAGAACCCUGUGUUACCCGGGAGGAACCAGGUGUUACCCAGGAGGUGCCCAAUUGUACCCAAGCAUUGUCAGACAGCUCUGAAGAUACCCCUGCUGUAGAAGACACCACUACAAAAGAAACUGUUGAAGGUGAUGCAAGUGAAUUGGCCGUUUCAUGAUUGCACCAAUUACAGUGCUGGGAUUAAUUUUGAAAAAAAAAAACCAACCCUAAGAAGUUAGUAGAUAGCGCAGCUCAGAUCUCUGCUCUGUUUUUUCCAAGGAGUAUGUCACAAUUAUCAUGCUGCAGUCACCUGUGUCUAGUACCCUGUACACUAUACGUAAUAAUGAAUACAGAUUUUCGUUACUCAUAGAGGGGGGCCAGACUGAUGACCUUCCUGCCUCACUUUCAUUUACAUUGAUUUACGCUGGCGUGAUAGGAACAGUGUACAAACGUGAUGUGGUUCUAUGGCUCCAGGUUUCUUGUUAAAGCCAUUAUACACUUUCGGUAAACAGUAUUGUCCAAGUCCCACACUUCGUGUAUCACAACUUAUAUA